AUGGCGAUGGCGGCGGCGGUUUUGGAGGAGGCGAUGCGACGGGGUGCCGGGAGCGUCGGGGACGAUGACGUCGUCGCGCGCAGGGCAGAGGAGGCCGCAAUAAGAAGGCAUGAAGCAGCCAGUUGGUUGCGAAAAACGGUUGGGGUAGUGUGUGCAAAGGACCUGCCAGAAGAGCCCUCUGAGGAGGAAUUCCAGCUUGGACUCAGAAAUGGCAUUGUCCUCUGCAACGCACUGAACAAGGUCCAGCCAGGCGCCAUACCCAAGAUUGUCGGAGUCCCGUCAGAUGCCGCUGUCCCUGCAGAUGGCUCAGCCUUGUGUGCCUAUCAGUACUUUGAAAAUCUGCGAAACUUCCUUGUUGUUAUACAAGAUUUUGGCCUCCCAACAUUUGAGGUGUCUGAUUUGGAGAAGGGUGGCAAAAGUGUUCGAAUCGUGGACUGUAUUCUUGCUGUGAAGUCAUUCAGUGAAAGUAAGAAAACAGGGAGGCAAGCUGUAUGUAAAUAUGGUGGCAUUUCGAAGCCUUUGGCUUCCGGAAAUUAUUUCAUACUUAAGAAUUCUGAUGCUUUUAUGAAUAAGAAUGCGAGAAUCCACUCAGAAGAGACUACCCAGAAUGGUUUUCCAGGAGAGCAAAAGUUAUCUCCUGAUUGUUCUCCAGAAUCCUAUGAGAUGACUACUUCAGACUCCCUUAGCGUGGUUGUCCGCACAAUUCUCUUAGAUAAGAAACCAGAAGAUAUCCCAUUGAUUGUUGAAUCACUACUAAGCAAAGUUAUUCAGGAAUACGAACAUCGCUUUGCAAAUCAGAUCUUGAUGGAUGAAGAGAAGCAAAAUAUCUUGACUACAAAGGAGGAGGCCAAUUUUGCAGUAAAUGGUUGUAAUGCAGCUCAAAAGUUCCAACUAAAGGAAGAAAUAAAUUUUGAUCUACAGCACAAACAGAUCAAGGAGUUGAGAGGUACUGUUUCUUCUAUCAAGUCUGGCAUGGAACAACUGAAAUGGCACUACUCUGAGGAGUUCACUAAACUUGGGAAGCAUUUGUACACUCUAUCCAAUGCUGCUUCUGGAUACCAUAAAGUUCUUGAGGAAAAUCGCAAGUUAUACAACCAGAUACAGGAUCUUAAAGGAAAUAUUAGAGUUUAUUGUCGAGUCAGGCCUUUCCUUCCUGGGCAAAUAAGUUCCUUAAGCAGUGUUGCUGGAAUGGAAGAAAGAACCAUUACAAUAAUGACUCCUACAAAAUAUGGAAAAGAUGGAAGCAAAUCUUUCACUUUCAACAAAGUCUUUGGUCCAGCAGCCACUCAAGAUGGGGUCUUUUCAGAUAUGCAACCAUUGAUACGUUCAGUUCUUGAUGGUUUCAAUGUCUGCAUAUUUGCGUAUGGCCAAACAGGAUCUGGGAAGACUUAUACAAUGAGUGGACCUAAAGUUUUAACAGAGGAAAGCCUAGGUGUCAACUAUAGAGCAUUAAAUGACUUAUUUAAUCUCCAAGCACAGAGAAAGGGGACAAUAGAUUAUGAUAUUUCUGUACAGAUGAUCGAGAUAUACAACGAACAAAAAGGACUUGCAGUUCCAGAUGCAAGCAUGGUUCCUGUCACAUCUACGUCUGAUGUUGUUGAACUGAUGAAUCAAGGCCAAAAGAAUCGUGCAGUGGGUUCAACAGCCAUAAAUGACCGCAGUAGCCGUUCCCACAGUUGUUUGACUGUUCAUGUGCAAGGAAGAGAUUUGACAUCUGGGACAGGUUUAAGAGGUUGCAUGCAUCUGGUGGAUCUAGCAGGCAGUGAAAGGGUUGAUAAGUCUGAGGUUGUUGGAGAUAGACUAAAGGAGGCUCAGUACAUAAACAAGUCACUUUCAGCACUGGGAGAUGUGAUUGCAUCCCUUUCCCAAAAGAACACACAUGUACCUUACCGAAACAGCAAGCUUACCCAGCUCUUGCAAGAUUCACUAGGAGGACAAGCAAAAACGUUUAUGUUUGUUCACAUAAGCCCAGAACUUGACGCUGUUGGUGAGACGAUAAGCACAUUGAAAUUUGCUGAACGUGUUGCCUCUGUUGAGCUUUGUGCAGCAAAACCAAAUAAAGAAGGCAGCGAGAUUAGAGAGCUCAAAGAACAGAUUGCUUUCCUCAAGGCUGCAUUGGCUAAGAAGGAAGGAGAACCGGAGAACAUUCUAAGCACACAGUCAAGCCCAAGCAUAUACAGAAUUAGAAAAGGCAAUGCAACACCUGCAGCUUCUAAAGACCGGCAGCCAAUGGAAGAAGUUGGGAACCUAGAGGUCCAGAAUGUCUUCACUCCAGCUCAAAAGAGGUCAAAAAUGCAUUUGUCUGGCAUCCUCACUGAGAGCAACUCGUCUAACUCAGUUCAGAAUUGCAAUGGUCCUCAGAAGGAAAUAGGAUUAGGGGGUUGGGUUGACAAGAUGGCUCUUGGAGACAACCACUUUGAGAAUUCUAAUUCCAUCCUAGAGUUGGAGCCUGACACAGCACAGCUUCCAACUUCUUUCUAUCAAAUAUACAGUCCUGUUCAACAAAGCUGUAGGACUGAAUCAGUACCAUCGGUGGGUCUACACGGCUUUGAUUCUGCUACUAGCUGUUCCAACCAAGAGAUUGGGAUGUCAACCAUUGGACUAAAAGCUUCUCGUAUUGCCAAUAGAGGCGCCUCAACAAUAAAAAAGCCUGAAGCUACAUCAAUGAGGAGUUCAAAUCUAGCAAGCAAGUCUCCACUGUCACUGUCGCAGAAAAAACUGCAAACACCAACCAGGAACAGGAACCAGCUAACUUUGAGCAGCAUAGGUGGAAGAAGAACACCAAAUGGAAAAAUUGGCAUUGCAAAGUAA